CUCUUUAGUUUAACUAACUGUAAAAUACAAGCUUUGGCUCUUACACUUUUAGAAUAUGAAAAUAUUUGUUCUUGGCUCUCUUACUUUCACACUCUUCAUUUUGUUAAAUUGAGAUUCUAAGUUCAUACUUUAAAGGAUGUAAAUAUUUUAAGCUAUUCUUUAAUGUUAUAUAAUUACAUAAAUCAAAGCGUUGUCUUAGCUGGACAUUACGCACUAUUCUGCGCUUGACAGGCUAUUAAACUCAUCCUUUUUUUUUUUUUUUUGUCUGCUUUGCCCACCCCUUUAUGGCCCUUCCUUCGUUCGCCCCGCUAUACGACUGGACAUGCCUUGCGCUUGUCUUUGUCAGUCUCUUUGACUUUGACUUCAGAGCUAGUCUUGUGCUCUGCUCGCUCCCAUCACUUGCAGUUGCAGUUGCCAGGCAUGUUUCUGUUGUUCUUGCUGUUGUUGUUGUUGUUGUUGUUGCCUUUUCGUUUUUUGCUUGCUGUUGUUGCGCUAUUUAUAGACGCGCUUCAUUAGUUUUUGUUGGCUUUGCCUUUGCCUUUGCCUUUAGCUUUAGCUUUGCGUGUGUACUCUUUACUCUUUAGCUCAGCUGUCAGAUGCGAACCUGACGCAGACUUUCAGUUUGAUUUCCAGUUGCUGCCGCGUCUACCUUUAUCUAUUCUUCUUUAGAAUGAUGUUCAUGCGUAUACUGGUGUAUAUCUAUGUAUGUAUGUGUAUAUAUAUAUGUGUGUGUGUGUUAGGCAAAUGGCGCAGUAACGCAAUAACUAAUAGCUCCAAUGCCUGAGAAAGCUGUGUUCUAUGCUUGGAAGCAAGUUUAUUCAUAUAGAUAUAUAUGAAUGUAUGUAUACAUGGAUAUCUUCAUCUGAAUACUUUGUUCACUCUUUUUGAGAAUAUGUGAGUGUAUUUGUUUAAUGCCAGAUUUGGGCUCUGGGACAUUAUUAUUUUUAGCUUGAUGUAGAUUAGAUACUUGGCAUAGACAUCUUUUAAUAGAGAUGUCGGCGAGACAUAAUUAAAGUUGUGUUUAGUUGUUAUAGAAAUGCAAACAAAGCUUUGCCAGCUAACUGUUUUUGAUGCAUGCGAUGAAUGCGUUGGCUUAGAAUAAUUAUUUUGAUAUAUAUUAGACAGGCUGAGUAAUUCACAGUAACAGAAGAUCUAUGACUUAUCUUGUUCUUAAUUUGAAUACAAAAAAUCAGCUUUACUAAUAGGUCUAAAUUUCUUGUCAGCUAGAUUAUUUGUGCGUCUCUACUAAUAUGCUUAAAUUUAGAAUAAAAUUUCCCUUGCCUUGUCAAGAUAUCGCCUGUUUGCUUUUAGAUAGUAGAAAGAAAAAAAAAAUAAUAAUAACGGACGGAAAACGCAUUUUUUAGUAUAUAUAAUUUAUAGGUCAACAUAUUUGUAUAACCUACAUAGUGCGAUAAGACUUCUAGUUUCAGAUAUGAAUUCAACAGGUCAGAAAAGGUCGAAAAUGUAGACUCGUCUGGUCUGUUUCUCAGAAUUUCAUUAGAGUCUGGUAGACUUUGCUCUUCAAGCUUUAAUGCAGGAGAGUGACGAAGAAUGACAAAUUGGCAAUUGGUAUUUACAUUAGUCAAAGUAUCGUAAUGCCUUGGUUAGCAGCAAGAAAUGGCAUAUCGAUACUUAUAUCGAGUCCUCGUGCAAGCAAGUGCAAUUUCAAUCUGUCAAGUACCAAUCGAUGCUUGAGAGCUUCCGGCGGUCAUUUUUCGACAUUCUGUGAGGAAAGAGAACGGAAGUCUGUUUGACGCGAACUAACCAUGUCUUUAUCCAAAGCAAUUACUUAUAAUCGCCAUAAUUGGGAAGAUUCGAGUUCUCCAAUUCUAUGCCCGUCGUGCUUGGGCGAGAAUCCGAACGUGCGCAUGAUUAAGGAGCGCUACGACAAGAAUUGCAAGAUUUGCACUCGGCCCUUCACUUGUUUUCGCUGGUGUCCGGGCAUGCAGAUGCGCUUCAAAAGGACGGAAAUAUGUCAGGCAUGCGCACGUAUGAAGAACGUGUGCCAGACAUGCGUGCUGGACCUGGUGUACGGGCUGCCCACGCAGGUGCGCGAUGUGGCCAUCAUGAAUGCCAACAAGAGUGCUGCGCGGGCUGCGAAAAAUAAAACGCUGAUCAAGUUGUCGCGCAUGGCGCCCUACAGGUCGCGCAUCUGCUCGUUUUGGCUGCGGGGCAAGUGCAGGCGCGCCGAGGGGUGCCCCUAUCGUCACGAGAAGCCCCACGAUCCGAAUGAAGUGCUCUACAGUCAGAAUAUCAGGGACCGCUACUAUGGCAACAACGAUCUCAUUGCCGAGAAGAUGCUGCAUCGCGUCGGCCUAAUGCCCAAGCUGGACGUGCCACUGGAUAAGACCAUUUCCACCCUCUACGUGGGCAACCUGUCCGAGCAGAUCUCUGAGGCGGAGCUGCUCAAUGUGUUCUAUCCGUAUGGCGAGAUUCGCUCCGUCACGCUGGUGCCGCGCCAGAGCUACGCCUUCGUCCAGUACUUCAAACGCAGCGACGCCGAACUGGCCGCCGAGCGCACCUUCAGCAAGCUGUCGCUGAAGGGCCGCAGGCUCAUCAUCAAGUGGGCCCGCACGCAGCAGAGGCCCUUCCCGCUCAACUUCAACAAGAAUCGCCGCUUUGCCGGGGAGGACCUCAGUUUUGGCAAUGGCGAGAUCUACAUCAUGCCGCCCGGCCUGAAGCUGCGCGACUUGCCACCCAGCCUAAUCCCGACCUCAGUCUACAAGCAAAUCGUGCAGAGAUAAAUCUUGCUGCCAAACUAUAACACUUUACACAUCUCUCAACACACCGAGAGAAACUCCAGUAAAUAUUAACCAAAUAAAUUAACAACAAUUCAAUUUUCGCUGCUUCGA